GGGACCAACUUAACUCUCUGUUUCCGUUGUAGCACAUUGACAAACAAAAAAAAAAAACCUUUGUGUCUGUUAUUGUUUCCAUCGAUCUCAUCUGGGUGUUUAUCUGUUUGGAGAUAAACAGAAAAUAGGUCUGUUCUUUCUUCUCCAUAAGUUUUCUCUCUCUCUCUUUCUCUCCCCUUGGAGAAGAAGAAGAAAAAGGUGUAUAUAGAUGGAAGAUAGUAUCAUAUACUUGAUUGUAUUCAGUGUAAUCUCAUGGACAACAGCAUUUUUGUUGUCAAGAAGGAUCUUCCACAAACGCUCUUUUGAUUUCUGCAACCGAAUCAUUUCCACCAUUCAUGCAUGUUUAGCUGUAAGCAUAGCUUCUCUCUCUGUACAAGAUUGGUGGUGCCCAGUUUGUCCUUUGGCUUCUAAAUCUUCUCCCCAACAGAUGCAAACACUAGCAGUGACACUUGCUUAUCUCAUCUACGAUCUAAUAUGUUCCCUUUUCGACAAGAAUGUCAAGCUUGACAACUCCAUCCAUCAUUUAGUCAGCAUUGUGGGAAUUGGGGCAGGCCUUGCCUAUGAAAGGUGUGGAUCAGAAAUGGUGGCAGCUUUGUGGAUUACAGAGAUUUCAAGUCCAUUCCUCCACCUUAGGGAGCUUCUCAAAGAGCUUGGAUACAAGGACACUGAUGUUAACUUGGCAGCUGAUAUUUCAUUUGCUGGCAUCUUCACAUUUGCAAGGAUGAUUGGUGGACCUUAUCUCGCCUAUGUGACUCUAUAUGCUAACAACCCAUUUCUCAUAAAGGCAAUGGCUUUGGGACUGCAGUUGGUGAGUGCUUUCUGGUUCUACAAGAUAGCAAGGAUGGUGAUGUACAAACUGAGGAGGAGGAGGACUACAUCUAAAAGAGUUACCAAUGGAACAAAAGAUUGAGCAUGAAAGUUUUCACUUUGCUGAGAAUGAAUGCAAUCAUGAUUUGGACAAUUGUUUUCCGCGAAGGUAUUUGCAAGCUUACAUUAUGUGUGGCUCUUUUGCCUGCUGCAAUACCUCUUUCAGGACCAAAGCAAUUCUAUGUGACAUGUGACAUUCCAAAAACCUUUCUUUCACCCUCUCAUAGCCGUUCUUUCCCAAAGUCAGCCUCCUCUCAACCUGGGUGGCCAGUUUCACAAUGUUCUUCGCCAGAGGUGUCACACCCUCUUUCCCAACCGGGUGUAACAAUCCCGUUGUUCCAUUUACCACUAUCUCCCUUGUGCCUCCAGCAGCUGUGCCCUGAUAAGAAAAUCGUAUGCAAAAGUUAAAAUGCUAGUUGUGAAGUGUGGAGAGACCAAGCCGCUCAAAGCAAAUGAAUGGCAUUAUUCACCUCCUAAGACGUACAAAUACAUCGCAAUAUUCUAGUAUUAUUCACGAGUCACAACCACCUGACGUUAUUAGGGAUGGAAGUGGUCGGGUCGAUUUUGGCACUAUUUAUGAUGGCCCUAGAACAAAAGAGAAUCACUUAAAGAAAAACCCAUUUUACAUGGGGACAUGCACUAUAUAUGAUGGCUCUGUAUGCAUUUUGACCGUCUUUUCUCCCUUUCCCCACUGUUAAUCUUCCUUUCCACUCCGAAAGUUAACAAGAUGAAAAUCUACUACAAUUUGGUGUUGGAAAGACUAAACUGAAAUUAACAUAUAGACCAAUAGUUCAG